AUGGCUCCUCCAAUUGAAUCCUCCAUUAAUUUUGGUGCUCAUCCAACCAUUACAUCUAAUCAAGAUCCAUUAGUUGAACAAUUGAGUUUGAAAGAGGAUGUGUUGAUCAGACACAAUUCUUCCCCUGCUCAAUUAUACGAAGAUGGUUUGCUUGAAAAGGGUACUACCAUCUCCGCCACCGGUGCUUUGAUGGCCUAUUCCGGUAAGAAAACCGGUAGAUCUCCAAAGGAUAAGAGAAUUGUUGAAGAAGAAACUUCUAAAGACGAUGUUUGGUGGGGUCCUGUCAACAAGCAAGUUGAUGAAUUAACCUGGAAGAUUUCCAGAGCUAGAGCUUUGGACUACUUGAGAACAAGAGAUAAGUUGUUUGUUGUUGAUGCUUUUGCUGGUUGGGAUCCAAGAUACAGACUUAAAGUUAGAGUCAUUUGUGCCAGGGCUUACCAUGCAUUAUUCAUGACCAACAUGUUAAUCAGACCCACUGAAGAAGAAUUGGCUAAUUAUGGUGAACCUGAUUUCACCAUCUACAAUGCAGGACAGUUCCCUGCUAACCCCCACACUAAAGGUAUGACCUCCCCCACUACUGUUGAAAUCAAUUUCAAGGAUAUGGAAAUGGUGAUUUUGGGUACCGAAUACGCUGGUGAAAUGAAGAAGGGUAUCUUCACCGUCAUGUUUUACAUUCAACCAAUCAAAUACAAGGUUUUGACAUUACAUUCAUCAUGUAAUGUUGGGACCGAGAAGGGAGAUGUCACCUUAUUCUUUGGUUUAUCCGGUACCGGUAAGACCACGUUAUCAGCAGACCCCCACAGAAAGUUAAUUGGUGAUGAUGAGCAUUGUUGGUCAGACAAUGGUGUGUUUAACAUUGAAGGUGGUUGUUAUGCUAAAUGUCUUGACUUAUCCGGAGAAAAGGAACCAGAAAUUUUCAACUCGAUUAAAUUUGGUGCCAUUUUGGAAAAUGUCGUUUACAACCAAGACACGAAAGUCGUGGACUAUAACGAUUCUUCAAUCACCGAAAAUACCAGAUGUGCUUACCCCAUUGAGUUCAUUCCAUCAGCUAAGAUUCCUUGUUUAAUUGAUUCUCAUCCUUCUAAUAUCAUCUUGUUGACAUGUGAUGCCUCCGGUGUGCUUCCUCCAGUUUCCAAGUUGAACUAUGACCAAGUGAUGUACCAUUUCAUCUCCGGGUACACUUCUAAGAUGGCCGGUACCGAGGAAGGUGUCACCGAGCCCGAAGCCGUUUUUUCUGCAUGUUUUGGACAACCUUUCUUGGUGUUGCAUCCAAUGAGAUACGCUCAACAAUUGGCCGACAAGAUUGCCCACCACAAGGCUAAUGCAUGGUUAUUGAAUACCGGUUGGGUUGGUGCUUCUGCUGCUAAAGGUGGUAAGAGAUGUCCAUUGAAAUACACUAGAGCCAUUUUGGAUGCUAUCCAUGGUGGUCAAUUGAGCUCUGCUGAAUACGAACAAUUCCCAGUGUUCAACUUGAACAUUCCAAAGGCGGUUCCUAACGUUCCUGCUGAGAUCUUAAAUCCUGCCUCUGCUUGGACUGAAGGUGGUGAUUCCUUCAAGUCUGAAGUCAGCAAAUUGGCUGGUAAGUUCCAAGAAAACUUUAAGACUUAUGCUGACCAAUGCACUGACAACGUUAAGGCUGCUGGCCCAGUUUUGUAA